UAUUCGGCCAUUUUCCCGCGACUGCGAUCCCCUCACUCUGCAAACUUUUUUUUUUUUUCAGCUUUUCUGAAACAUCUUGCAUCGAGCGUGGCCGGGACGAGUCUGUAACGAAGCGGAAGUGGGACCAUGGCCUUCCUAGGGAGCGCAGUUCGGCGGGUGGUGUUGGCAGUGCGGCCUCCUCUCUCUCCUUUGUGCCGGACAAGUGCUCGGUCCUACAGCUCAGAGCCCACCAAGGAAAAAAAUGUUCCCUACGAGAAGACACUCAAACAGGAGGUUCAAGCCUCCUCUGGACCCACUAAACCUUUGCCCAGGUCAGCCGAUGCGGUGGUGAUCGGAGGAGGCAGUCUGGGCUGUCAGACCAUCUACCACCUGGCUAAAAUGGGUAUGACCAACGUAGUUCUGCUGGAGAGAGACAGACUGACUGCUGGCACCACCUGGCACACAGCAGGCCUGCUGUGGCAGCUCCGUCCCAGUGAUGUUGAGGUGGAGCUCUUGGCCCACACCAGGAAUGUGAUCAGCAAAGACCUGGAGGAGGAGACGGGUCUCCACACAGGCUGGAUCCAGAAUGGAGGACUCUUCAUUGCCUCCAACAAGCAGAGACUGGACGAGUACAAGCGCCUCAUGUCGCUGGGUAAAGUUUACGGUAUCGAGUCCCAUGUGCUGUCACCUGCGGAAACCAAGGACCUGUACCCUCUGAUGAAUGUUGAUGAUCUGUAUGGAACCCUGUAUGUACCAAAAGAUGGGACCAUGGACCCAGCAGGAACCUGCACCACCCUGUCCAGAGCUGCCUCCGCCAGGGGAGCCACGGUGAUCGAGAACUGCCCUGUGACUGGUAUUCAAGUACGGACAGAUGACCUUGGGGUGAAGAGGGUGAAGGCAGUCGAGACCCCUCAUGGGACCAUUGAGACGCCUUGUGUGGUGAACUGUGCAGGUGUGUGGGCCACCAAGCUGGGGGAAAUGGCCGGAGUCAAGGUGCCUCUCAUAGCAAUGCAUCAUGCCUACGUAGUGACAGAGAGAAUUGAAGGCAUACAGAACAUGCCAAAUGUCAGGGACCAUGAUGCAUCUGUGUACCUUCGCCUCCAAGGUGACGCCCUGUCUGUGGGUGGCUAUGAACAGAACCCCAUCUUCUGGGACGAGGUCUCUGAUAAGUUUGCCUUCAGUUUGUUUGACCUGGACUGGGAUGUGUUCAUGCAACAUAUUGAGGGUGCAAUCAACAGAGUCCCUAAUCUGGAGCAGACUGGAAUCAAGUCCACCGUCUGUGGACCUGAAUCAUUCACAGCAGACCAUAAGCCGCUGAUGGGAGAAGCACCAGAGGUCAGAGGUUUCUUCCUGGGAUGUGGCUUCAACAGUGCUGGUAUGAUGCUGGGGGGUGGUUGUGGUAGAGAGCUGGCUCACUGGAUCAUACACGGCCGUCCUGAAAAGGAUAUGUAUGGAUACGACAUCAGGCGUUUCCAUAACUCGCUGACAGACAACAAACACUGGAUCAGAGAGAGGAGCCAUGAGUCGUAUGCUAAAAACUACUCUGUGGUGUUCCCCUUUGAUGAGCCGCUGGCCAGCCGAAACAUGAGGAAGGACCCUUUCCAUCAGGUGCUGACGGAGCAGGGCUGUGUAUUCCAGGAGAGACAUGGCUGGGAGAGACCUGGCUGGUUCAACAAAGAAGGGCCUGCUCCUGUUAAAGACUAUGAUUACUAUGGAGCUUAUGACAUGAAGAAGAAUGUGAACUACAAAUACAACGAACUGCUGGGGAAAGAGUAUACUUUUGACUUCCCUCCACAUCACGACGUGAUUAAGAGUGAGUGCCUGUCAUGUAGACACGGUGUGGCCGUGUUUGACAUGUCCUACUUUGGAAAGUUCUAUCUCACUGGACCAGAUGCCAAGAAGGCGGCUGAUUGGCUGUUCACUGCUGAUGUCAACAAGAAGCCAGGCUCCACUGUGUAUACCUGCAUGCUGAAUAAAAGAGGAGGGGCGGAGGCUGACCUGACAGUGAGCAGACUGGAGCCUGGUGCUGCCAACCUGCCCCUGGCACCAGAAUCCAAUGGCGAUGCGUACUACCUGGCCAUCGGGGGUGGUGUCGCAGAACACAACUGGAACCACAUUAGAACAGUUCUUCAGGACCAAGAUUUCCGCUGCCAGCUGACAGACCACUCUGAGGACAUGGGGAUGAUCAGCAUCCAGGGGCCGAAGAGUCGAGAGGUUCUGCAGGAGGUGUUGGACACAGACCUGAGCAACGAAGCUUUCCCUUUCUCUAGCCACAAAGUUGUCAAUGCAGCAGGACAUCAGGUGCGAGCUAUGCGUCUGUCAUUUGUCGGCGAGCUCGGCUGGGAGCUGCAUAUUCCAAAAGACUCUUGCCUUCCGGUCUACCAUGCCGUCAUGGCUGCUGGGGCAAAGCACAGCAUUAUCAACUCAGGCUACAGGGCCAUCGACUCGCUCAGCAUAGAGAAAGGGUACAGACACUGGCACGCUGACCUUCGCCCAGACGACACACCCUUGGAGUCGGGGCUAGCCUUCACCUGCAAACUCAAGAGUUCGAUCCCGUUCCAGGGCCGUGAUAGGCUGGAGAAACAGAAGGAGGAGGGUCUGAGGAGGCGCAUCGUCUGCUUCACCAUUGACGAGAAAGUACCCAUGUUCGGUCUGGAGGCCAUUUUCCGCAACGGAGUACCUGUUGGUCACCUGCGGCGUUCCGACUACGGCUUCUUUAUUGACAAAACUAUUGGUUAUGGAUAUAUCCGCAACCCUGAUGGAGGCGUGGUGAGUGCUGAUUUCAUAAAGAGCGGCGAGUUUACCCUGGAGAGGAUGGGAGUGACGUACAAGGCCAAGGCCCACCUCAAAUCUCCAUUUGAUCCUGAGAAUAAAAGAGUCAAGGGCAUCUAUGCUUGAGAAGGACCACAAAUGUAAAAACUAAAGCAAGCACAGUCUGGUUGGAGAAUGAGAGAGAGAGGUGCAACAGAUUUUUUUUUUCUACAUGCAGGUGCAUCUGGUUUAGUCUUUACCUCUCUGUCAAAUACUAGGUAUCUCAAAUGUUAGUAAUUUAAUUCGGAUUAUAUCUGUGAUUUAAUAGAACUGAAGUGCAUGUGACGGUGCAUAUGCUCAUUGUAAAAUUUAGCCUUUUAUGCAUGGUCUAAAAUCUAUAUCAAGAUUUCAAAGAGGUGCUGAAAAUGAUUUGUUUUUGUUGUGCUUCAAGGUCUCGGCUCCACAUUUUUAUGCCCGCCCUGGAUUUUGAGAGUAACUGUGUACUCUUGUGAAUGCUCGAGUGUGAGUGGUAUUAGUAUGAAGACAAAUUCAAGAAGUAAAUCUCUCUUACUAUUUCUAGUAAUCAAACAAGUCUUAAUGAAGAGCUAGCAGCUUGUAUAACAGUGAUUCACGACCAUGGUUCUAGGUGUGCUGGUAAUAUUUUAAACGAAGAUCAGACAGCUGUUGCCUCUGUAACUAAAGCACUGCUAACAGCGCUGAAAGUCACCAUUACAGGUGCAUGUGUGUUUUUACUCAAAGACGAUUCCAUAAAUUCUCAAUUAGUGGCCAGGGCCUCUGUGUAGAAACAGGCUGUUAAUAGACUCAGGUCGUUAAUUCUGAUCUUGUCCUUCAAGCACGGUAUAGUUUAUAAUAAUGUAGUGCUGUAAUAUUUCAUUUCUUAUUUAUCCUAUGAGGCCAUACACUGCUGUAUUGGGGAACACAAGUAUUCUCAAACUACACAGCCGCCCCACAGGCAGUUAGAGUCAGAUUACAGUGACUGAUGUUUGUGCUGAUAAUAAUGACUAAACAGAGUUUUACUUGCUCAUGUCGUAUCUAAAUCUGAGGCAGACAGCCUGAGUGUUUAUCAGAGUUGGAGGGAAAGCAAGAAAGAAACACCCCGAGGCACAGUGUAGCAGCCGGGGACAAAACAGUGCUGAAGAAGAGUGACAGAAAAAGACAACAGUUAUCAGAAAGCUGCUGUUAACAGAUACAACCCCCCUGUUUUCCUGAUCCGUCCCCGUAUCGCUCUGCUCUGCAGUUUUAAUCUGCUGUUGCCGCUGUUUGCAAACUCAAUGCUCUUAGUUUUGCUUCGUGUUUUUUUUUUUUUUCUUUGUUAGUUUUUUAACCGAUACAUUGUUCUUUAAUGAGGCUAUCUGCUUACAGUUUGUAUGCUUAAGAGCUCCCAUUUGUCUUGUGUUGUUAAAUCAAAGUCAACAUUUUGUGCAUCUGCUUCACAGUAAAGCAGUUCAGGGGGCAUUAUCGCCUCUCUUUGUUUUCUAUGAGUAACUGUGAAGUUACUGCAGGAAGUGCAUUGAAAACAGCCCAAGCCUCAUUAAUGAAUAAUUUCAAAACAUGAACUUAGUGCUAUGGAGUAGCGAGUAAUAUAGUAGGGCUGUACUGUAGGACUCGUGUAAUAAUACUGUGGAAAAUCUCAAAUAUGAAUUGUGCAGAGUGUCUUUAUAUUUGGAAUUUAUUGUGCCUUUUAAGGUUUACUGUAUGUGGGGGUGCGUGUGUGUAAAUAUACAUAAAAACUGCUAACAGGUUUGCUAGCUAGGAAGCACGUGGUUUGCAUCGAUAUUUCUGGGGCUGAAAUAAGGAAAAAGUGCGACAGCAAAUAAAGAAAUCACUAGUUUAAUAACUUGUUAACUGAUUAAUGCCUUAAAGGCAGGUGCUGGUAUGUGAAGUAAUUAAAGAUGUUUUGUUAAUUCUUUGUUUAUAAGUCGACUAAAAAAUGUAGUUUCUGUUUAAUGACACUUAACAUAUAAUUUGAUUAUGGAUUAUAUUUUCCACCUAUGUUUACAUCCACUUGCAUGAGCGCGGUUUAGGCCAAACCAAAAACCAAAGCUCAUUGCACACACUAUGUGACCAGCAGCCAAAAAAAAGUAAAGGAGUAAAGGAGGGCAUUCGCGUGCAUAACCACUACUUGCCUCUCAGAUGUGUGUUGCUGCACGUUCAACACAAAAUGUUUACUAAUGCGGAAUGAUUCAUUGAUUCUGCCCAGAAGGCCAUUAAUCAUUGAAAUUGUUGUUCUCAGGAGUAGCUUAGGUUAAUAACAAGAUUUAUAUGGGAAAUGUGAAACAGGCUGAUAAACACUAUCACUACUGGUCCUCUACCACAAUGAACCCAGAGGUUUUUCCUAAUACAGUUUAUAUAACUUCUCAUCUUCCCAGAGUGUGAUGUGAAUAUUGCAAAAAAAUUAAUGCUUUGGUGACAAUAAAAGCAGGUGAAGUGCCAAAAAUUAUUAAUUUCUCAUUGCUGAGCUUUUAAAUAUGGUCCUUUUUUUUUUUUUAAAUUGUGCAUCCUUGUUAUUGUUGUCUAAUGUUUUUUCAAACAACAGGAAUGAUCAGUCAGAGGGAGGACGUAAUGACCAGUCAAAUCAUAAAUUUAAUGUUAAGCUAGAUUCAUUUAUUCUGUCCAAAGUGAUUCAUGUAUUAAUAAAAGCCUUUUUAACUGCCAAAAUUUUUGUGACAUUUAUUAUUUAACACAAAAAAAUGAUGCAAGGACACACAGCGGUAUGUAGCCAAAGAGAGUGUAGAUUACAG